CCUUCAUGAUGGCUGCCCUAAUUCCUAAUGUUUUUGUUUAUUUUUUCCUUUAAUAAUUACAACCACGGAGGCCUGUAUGCCAACUGUAUAAUAAACUAUUAUCAGCUAUAAAUGAUAAACUAAGAUAUAAUUGAAUAGUUUUCGAAGGAAGAUUCUUUCCGAGUUCCCACAAUAAUAUUCUUCUAAUGCCAUCAACUUCACCAAAAAUGUUUACAAAACCGAAGAGCUGGCUAUCUGGAACAUUGUGGAGGCCGAAAAAUCCACAUUCUUUAGAGCACCUAAAGUAAGUUACUUGCUGUAUGUCCGUAAGUGAGACAUAAGUUAUAAGUAUACUAUGUAGCUUCAUCAGGAUAAUUUCAAAUUAUAUUUUAUAUUGUAUAGAAAAUUUUAUAAACUUAACUUUUCUGAAGUCAAGACUCCAAGUAACAAUUUAAUAGUAAAAGUAAAAUGGGUAGUAGUCAUAAAAAUAAUAAUAAUUCACAUCAUAAUUUAUUAUAAUCAUUUGAUAAUCAUUUCAUUCUUAAAUAUAAAUUAAAUUGCUCAGCCACCAGUUGCCAGAGAUAAUUUUCAGUAAAUUCUGCUUAAAGUAACUUCUUUUCUUUUAUAUUUUGAGGGCCUAUGAUCAAUGUAUUGAUAAUUCUGGCUCCUGUCCUAUGUUUGUUGCGGGGUUUCGUGAUGUUUCUGUACAUGGUUGGUUAUGAAGAGGAUACUUCGCUGGAUGCAAGGGCUGCUCAGCGAUGAUGUUAGGAAUGGGGGUUGGAAGGCAGGAGGCAAUAGACGCAAAUUUGUCAAGUGUUGUCCCUUAACUGUUCCUUUUGGAAGCUUGUUCCAGUCCCUGAUAGUCUUUGGCAGGAAUGAUCAGUUCCUGUACUGUGUUCUUGCUUUAUGAGCCGGAACUUCUUGUCAUGGCCUUGUUGCUGUCUAAGGGGGAGAGGGACAAGUUUCUUUUUAAUGCUGGAGCAGUAGACUAGCCCAUUUUUUUUAUCUUGAACAUCAUGGAGAGCCUGGAUAGUUGUCGCCAUUCUUCCAAUGGUGACCAGGCCAGUGUUUCCCCUAAUAAGAUUUCCUAAACGUUCAUCAUUCAAAAGUUAUACUUUUUGGACUGGAUGUUGGUCAUUACACAUAAUCCACCGUCAUUGGUCGAGGUGCAUCCAAAUAUUACCUUUUUACAAUAUUUUUAUAUUUUAAAAAAUUUCAUCUGAAGAAACAUACCUCAUCCAGAAUUCAGUUGGUGACACAUUCUUAUGCUUGUUUCAUGAAAAAAUAUGUCAAAUAAUAGUUCAACUGCCCUUCCCCCCCCCCCCCCCCCAUCCUUUACAAACAUAUGAGCCAGAAUGAUCGAUACAUUGAUCGUGGGCCCUCAAAAUAUAGAAAGAGCUCCUCCUGACCUACUGUCUCUUAGAAUUCCUCCGUUACUAACUCAAUAUUCUGGUUGGGGCUUGAGCUUACGCUCUUAAAGCCUGGCUUGUACAGUGAUUAACAGUGGCAACCUGAUCCAUCUGUUGGGCAGCGCCAUAUAACAUUGUCUGAACAUAAGGCUUUCCCGCCACUGCUCUAGCCUCCCCUGCAAGAUCCUUUUACUAAAUUGCACUUAUUUCAAGACAACACAACUUUUAUCCUGGGUUCUACUCAUUGAAGUCUCAUUCAUAGAGCCCUGAAUACCAAGUUCAUAUCCCCAAAAUCAUUAAUCAGUCUGCAGGUUAGACAACGCUUAACUAGUAUUGCUCAGUUUGAUUCACUUUUUAUAUAAAAAAGAUCAUUACAAUACUGUCACCUAAGUAAAUUUUAAAAAUUUAAAAUCAUUAUUUUAUUUUAUAUGCUUUCGUUUAUGUUCACAAGAAUUGUUUUUUAAUUAAUGAAAUACAUCACCUUAUCCCAUUUUGCUUUGCAGAAAUAUAAAUACAGCUUUUGAGAUAUCUUUUAACAUUAAGAAAUAAUUAAUUCCUAACUCAUAUCUUUCUGAAAAUUAUUCCGCAGAUUUCUAUAUAACCUUUUAUGCAAAAAUCAGACUGUGACAGAGCAGAAUCGUAGUCUCCUUGUGGAAACUUUGCGUUCUAUUUCUGAAAUACUUAUAUGGGGAGACCAAAAUGACAGCAGUGUGUUCGAGUAAGCUUUGCGCCUUUCUUAUAAUACUCUAAAUAAAAUUUGUCCUAUGAGCCCCACUAAAAAUAACUAAAUAUGAAAUAGGAUAUUACAAAUUACAAUAUAUUGAAUAGCUUAAAUGAGGUAUGCAUAAUUUUAAAUAUAUACACUUGUCUUUUAUUAUCCAUUUAAUAAACAUUCAUAUUUUUUUCAAAUCUUUAAUCAAUAAACAGUGAACAAAUACUUUUUUUACUUUAACUUUUUUUUCUACAUGGAUAAAACUUAAUCAAAUCUUAGCUUUUAAAAAUAAAGUUUCUGUAUUUUGUUUAACAAUUGCAGCUUCUUCCUAGAGAAAAACAUGCUGUCUUUUUUUUUACGCUACCUUCAACAAAAAUUUGGUAGGUAUAUAUGUGUCCAGCUUCUGCAGACACUCAAUAUACUGUUUGAAAAUAUCAGCAAUGAAACAUCUUUAUGUGAGUAUCAAUUUUUUUAAAACUUUAGAAUAAUAGGUUUAAAAUAUGUCCUAAAAGUCUUUUAUUACUGAAUUUAAUGUAUUGCGCUUCAUAGUAAGGGUGUAAGUUAUAAUAGUAUUUAGGGUAUGUGAAAUGUAUGUAAAUAAAAUAAGUUAUAAGUCAGAUUUUCAGUAUGUACUUAAUCAAUAAGAUCACCUGGUUUCAAAGCAUAGAAAAGAAUCUUAAUUAUGUUUUUGAAACCGACUACAUGUUUAUUUAUAGGCAGUGUAGUUAAAUCAAUCUAAUUUUUACAAAUAUCAAUGAAUUGAUGAAGUGCAGCAUUAAUUAUUUUUCUUCAGUAAAUUUUGUGUUUCAUUUUAACCAUAUGUCAACUCCUAUUUUUUUCCGGAUUGAUUGAUUCAUCAAGUUCUUUCACACGUUGAAUACGUCAUACUAUUCUUACUAUCACUCAAUAUAAACUCAAGACCUUUUCAUAAUAAUUUAACUUUAAUAUCCUAGUAUUUACUAUACACAUAAACACAUGUAUGUAGCGCAGCUCGCUAUCAGACAUAAAUAAUACACAUUCUUCUUCCACAAAGUUCCACUCAAGACUGCCCAGACUAAAACUUAGUCCCAAUACUGACUAGACAAUAUGUCACAAUCAGCAUAAAAAUACGUCACAGAGUCAAGCGUGGGAAGAGCUUUCACUAACUAAUUAAAACUCUCAAACACAUAUCGCGCGUAAUGAAAAUAGUAUUCAGUCGCAACAAUUAUCAAUGAACUCCCAUACUUGACACCAUAAAUCAACUUAAAAUAAAAUUGUAAAAAUAUAGAAAAGUGGGAUUUGUCCCCUAAAUAGGAUAAGAAAUAUAAUACAUUUUAAAAUAUUUUGCCUGAUAUUUUAUUGAUCUGUUUUUUUUUUUUUUUACAGAUUAUUUAUUAUCGAACAAUCAUAUCAACUCAAUUAUUGUGCACAAAUUUGACUUUUCUGAUGAAGAGGUAUGAUUUCAAGAGUUCCACGUUUUCUAAUUAUUUUUAAAUUCUUAUUUUAAAGCCUCAACUUAGAGCCAAAUGUUUUACCCUAUCGCUGCGGCACAACGCACAGUACGUUCAUCCGCCGUGCUAAAAAGCAUGGACCAACAGACUAUGUGUUGUUUCAAUAUCAUGGUUGUUUCUUUGCUAUUUUUCCAUUAAUUUAGGAGUUAUUUUUUAAUUAGACUUUUACAUGGAAGAGUGGUACUUCAUUGUUUAUGAGCAAAAGCAAGGUUUAUUUGAAUUAUGAAUUUCUUAAUAUUCUUCACUGUUUCUUUUUGGUUGGUCAAUAGUGUUGCUAUGGCUCCCCCACGCCCAAGUGGGGAUGAGUAAUUUUCCUAGACAAUUAACAGCUCAACAAGCUUUGGAAAUGUUUCAUGCUAUUUCUAUUGAUAGUGAAGUCUUAACUGAAGAUGAUUUAGAUUUUAGAUUUAGAACCAUCACAUGAUUCUGUAGUGGUAGUUUCAGAUGAUUUGAGUUUUAGCAGUGAAGAUGAUGUAUGCCUACAGCAAUGAGUUUGGGGGAAAAAAGGUUUUGCAUUUCAUGUUUUCACAUUUUAAAUAUCUUUUCUGUAACUUAUUUUAGUUAAACUGAAGAAAUACAUUUACAAACAUGUAGUCCAUACCAUUAUAUUUCAUUUGAUACCAAAUUUAGUCUUAUAAACCACACAAAAAAAUGUGUACAUUUUUUUUUUUAAUAAACCCAACCUCUUACUCUCUUUUGCUCUUUGAAAAAAAAUUAAAUUUUUACAUUAAAAAAAUUCCGCAAUGAAGGAGUUAAAUGAAAAACAUCCAAUUAUCCUACAAAAAUACUUGAAAUGCCUAAUUAAAAAUUAUAACAAUAAUUAAUGGCCUCAAAUUUGUUUGUUUUCAGGUGAUGGCAUACUACAUAUCUUUCUUGAAAACACUUUCGCUUAAGCUGAACAAACACACCAUUCACUUCUUUUACAAUGAGGUAAGUAUCUGCAAUGAUCAUAACACGGCCAGGUUGGCUAUUUUGACAAGAGCAUUUAUUUUUACUAAAGAAACUUAUUAUUACUACUGCUGAGAGAUGAUUCAAUGUUUUUUUUUUUUUAAAAAGUUUUUUUUUAAACUUACUGUUAUUUUCAAAUUAAGCAAUAUUCAUUGCCUGAAGCAUUGGUCAAGUUAGAAAGCACCAUCGAUAGUGUACCUUUUGAUGUCACAUCACAUUUUUAAAAGUUUAACUAAAUAACUUUUUUUCUUAAAUGUUGUGUAUGUUUUAUAAAUAGAUUUGUUAUCUUUUUUUUUAAAUUUAAAAAAAAAAAAAGUUAAAUAAAAUCCUUACUUUAUACAAGAUUUAAUGCAAAGAUUUUGUUAGUUAUUAUUGUUUAUUAUUAAAGGUUAUCUACUUAAUCCAGGUUAGGAUGACCGAAGUGGAUUAUAGAAUUUUAUGAAAUAUUCAUCAUCUUUAACCCACUAGUCUAAUAUUAAGAAGACCUUUAGGGAUCAUGUGUAAAGUGCUCUAGUCCAGAUAGUUCAAGUUAAACAGAGACCAGAUAGUUCAAGUUAAACAGAGACCAGAUAGUUCAAGUUAAAUAGAGACCAGAUAGUUCAAGUUAAAUAGAGAUCAGAUUGUUCAAGUUAACCAGAAACUCAAACAGGAAAAGUUGGGCGUAUUACUUACUGUUACCUUCUGGCAAUUAUUGUUUUUUUCUAUUAAAUUAAAGCUAUAGAAUAGACUAUUUAUUUUGUCUGCCCUUUGGAGACGUUAAGUUUGUUUUAUUUUCAGUUCUUGCCCCCACUAAUUUUCUUGUGCCCGACAAGACUAGCCGUUUUAUUUUGGCUUGUUCAUUAAUAUUUUUGUUAUCGUUUUUGUUGAUGGGCUUUUUUCAGACUGCACACACUCCAGUAAGUUUCUUACAGUGACUUGAAUUUAUUUUAAACUAAUGCUAAAUAAUCUAUGAACUAAUGGUGAACAAAUGCUGCAUUGGUUUGUGGGUAAAAAAUAUGCUGGCUAUUUAUCAUAGAUUAGAAUGCUCUUCUUUCACUGUGUACAGUCCAUAACAACAAUUUUGAAUAGACCAAGCAUGUAUUGUUUGUGAUAUGAUUUUUUGAAUGUUUAGCAGCUUCAUUUUAAUUUCUUCUGAGAUUGUGCAAAGUGACAAAAUUAAAUUCUUUUUUGCAUUUUUAAAAUAAUUUGGAUAUAAAUUGUAAAGUAAAUUAAAUAGGAAAACCACAUUUAUUUGCCCACUUAGAAUAAAAGGUUAUAAUAAUUUAAGAAACCUCUCAGAAGUGGUAAUGCUUAAGGUAAUAUUUACAGCCUAAAAUCUUUUGGCCAUAAAAUAUGGCAAAAAAAACCUUUGUGGAAUGGCUCCUCAUAUUUUUACUUUUGGAAUUUAUGUUAUUAUCGAGUAUUUUUAUAGUAGCAUAAGUUUCUAGUGGAAUUAGAGUUUAAUCCCAACAUAAUUUUUGUGUGAUAUUCACUAUUAAAAGGAAACAUACAAAUUGAUAUCUAGAAAUAACCUACAUAUUUGCUAAUUGGUACCAGUGCCUUUUGCAUAGUUUUUAAAUAACACUAAUACAGUCCUUAAUAUUUUUAUUUUCUUGAUUUAUUUUAGUUCAAUAAAUUUUUAUGGUAAAAUGUUUCUUUUUUGCUAAAUCAUUAAAACCUGCUCUGUUUUAAUAUUUUCCUAUUCAGAAUUCAACAAUGAAAAAUAAAUCUGAUAUCAUUUCUGUAAGAGAACUUAUUUAUAUUAUACUUUUAGUUUGGCUUAAAGGGUGUGUGUGUGUGCGUUUCUGUGUGGAUGUUUAGAAACUACUAGCAUACCUCUAUAUCCUUUUGCAAACAAACAAAAAAUAGAUUUAAAUUUUUUGAAGCUUGUGGCCUGUAUACAUUUUAUUUUACUCAUACUCAUAGUUUCUGCUAGGUGGUGGUUUAAAAAAAAUCCCCUCAUAUUAUAUUUUCAUCUGGCAAGAGAAUAGAAUCACGAGAGGGCAGCUCAUCCUUCUCUUGUGCAUAAUUUCGUCAAUCUUUGUAUUAGACUGUAUAAUAUAUACAAGAACCAUGAUCAAUGAAGGGUCAUUACAGUGUAAUAUUCCAACAAGUGGCACAAAUAUGACUGUUAGAUACGAGUGGCCUGUAUAAUAAUGACAAAUGUUACAUUCUUGUUAACUCUUCUCCCUUGUUUAUCUCAGUCUUUGAAUUGGAUGCCACACAUGACGUAUUAUGAAUAGAAAAUUGUCCCACGCCAGUCAAUGUAUAAAACAUAAACUGAUCAGAAAGGUCAGCGUGACCCAGCUCUGAACCUCAGUUUAUAAACAUUUUUGAUCUGAGUUUAGAUUUUAAUGAAUGGGAAACAGUACUGAAAGAUGGCUGGAACACAAUAAAUGGGUGUCACGGCCAUGGUAACAUUUUACACGCGACACUAGAUUGAUAUGGUAAUUAAGACACUCAUUUGCUAUGCCAUGCCUUCGUCAUCUCACAUUCUGUAGAAAAAAGCUCUUCUCUUGUUAAUAAUUAAACAUCCUACCACACAAUUGAAUAGUUUCACUUACUGUUAGUUAAAAUGUGACAUCUCAUUUUCUCAAUCUUGUGCUAGAAUACAUAUUAAUAACACCAAGUUCUGUUCAAAAAUUAAACUUGGUUUGUUAAAUGUAUUAACUUGGAUGCAGAAGAAGCUUGAUCACAUUUUUGGCAUCACGUCCUGCUCCUCUCAAAAUCCUCCCCCCUCCCCUCACUAUUUAAUCUUCCAAACAACCUCCCCUCCCCCACAUGAAUUAAUUUUUUUUUUUUAUCUCAAACCAUUACCAGCAAAGACAAUACACCUUACAAAUGUAUUAUUAGCCCAAGCAUGUUCUAGAACAGGGGUGUGCAAACUGCGGCCAGCGGGCCGAAUGCGGCCCGGCAACUGCGGGCCGAAUGCGGCCCGGCAACUGAUAUUAUGCGACCCUCAAAGGCAUUUAGAAAUAAAAAAAUUACUUUGUUUUAGUUAUUUUGUUGAAUUUUACAGAAUGAUUGUUUUAACAUUUUUGAUCAAAUUUCUUUCUAAUUUUCUAUUUUUUUAAACAGACCUUGACUUUUGUCAUGUAAUGCUAAAAUUUACCCAUUUAUAAUGUUUAUCGACAUGUAAAAAUUGGACAUAACAUACAUGCGGCCCCCCAAUAGCUUUACAUGUGUCAAUGUGGCCCUCCACACAAAAAGUUUUCCCAACCCUGUUCUAGAGGAACAUCUAUGCGAUAAUUUUGUAAAUAAUCUUUAUCUUUCCUGCAGCACACAAAUGACUUUGCUCUUUAUACUGAAGCCAUCAAGUUUUUCAACCAUUCCGAGUCCAUGGUGAGGAUAGCAGUCCGGACCAUCACCCUAAAUGUCUUCAAAGGUAAUAUUCCAACAUCGUAUCUUGGUCUUCUUUCUUAAUAAAAAAAAAAUUCCCUAAAACACAGUGACAUAGCUAGGGUUUUUGCCGUCUGAGGAUGGCCACCUGUGCUAUGAAAAAAAACCUAAGCAGUUGGCUGAAAAUGCUGCCCCAAAUGUUAAGAAAAAUAUGCAGCCCAGGACCGUCUGCCCCCUUCGCACCCUCCUUCUUACACUACUGCUUAAAUCCUUCUACUAAUUAGUCGUAAUUAGGUUUUUAAUUUUUACGAUCCUUUAAAUAAAAAAAAUUAAAUUAGCUUGUGCUUAUUUUGCGUUUAUUUUGUGUUUGGUUCAGUUUUAAAAAAAAAGGUUUUCAAAAUCUUUUUUGGUAAUCUUCCUGUUGAAGUCAUUUGCUGCAUUGCUUUAAUUUCAGUUGAUGAUAAAGCUAUGCUCAGCUACAUACGGGACAGAACAGCGGCACCCUACUUCUCAAACCUUGUGUGGUUUAUAGGGAAUCACAUCUUAGACCUGGACACAUGUGUGCGCCAUGAUCACGAGUAAGUUUACCAAGAUGGGUGGCACUGACACUGAAAACCACAUUUUUUUCUUGUGCUCAUAGUUUUUAACCCAUCCGGCUUAAUUGGUGGUAACAUUGAAAUGACAGUUUGAAAUAUACAUGGGGGAAAAAAAGGAUGCUUUCAGGGAUGCAUGGAGGGAUGGAUUGAUAAGCAAUUCAGAGGUCUCAGAGUGAUGGAUUGAUAAGCAAUUCAGAGGUCUCAGGGUGAUGGAUUGAUAAGCAAUUCAGAGGUCUCAGAGUGAUGGAUUGAUAAGCAAUUCAGAGGUCUCAGGGUGGAAGCAACUGUUUUUGGGAUAUUAUAUAAAAAUAUAACUUUAAACUAUUUUCUUUCAUAACAUCAAAUUUUUUGUUUAUGUAAUAAUAGUGGAAUAUAAAUUUUGUAUUUUGUAAUUAUAGUGGUAUAUAAUAUUAUCACAGAAAGAGAUAUCUUAACUGAGAAACGAAAACUGACAUUUUUGGAUAUAGUCCAGUACCUGACAUUUUCUAAUAUAGUCCUGUGCAUUGCUUGUCAGUUAACUUCUAUUCUUUGGGUUUUUGACAGCAGCCUGCCCCCCCCAAGGAAGUUUGCUUAAUAAAUUCUAAAUUAAGAUUAAGAUUAUUAUUUUUCCUACCGGGUAGGUAAUCCUGAACAUCAGAAUUGGACUUACAAAUUCUUUAUACUAUUACUUUCUUCCUAGUCAUAGAAGUCGAGACCGGCUGGCUGAUCUUGUGGCUGAACACCUAGACCACCUCCAUUACCUCAACGACAUUUUCCUGAUUGACAUAGAUACCCUGAAUGAGGUUUUGACGGACAAGCUGCUGAACAGGCUGCUUGUGCCGCUCUAUGUCUACUCACUGACCAAACGCAAGAAAUUCUCAGAGGAGGUGGUAAGCAGCUCUCAUUUGUCCCUCGGUCAUUUGAAAGCUAUUUCCAUUUACAAGUCAUUUUUUAAAAUAAAAAUAUAUUAAUAAAGAAUGUGUCUAUGAUUUGUUUAUGGGAUAAGUGGCUUGUCUUACUUGAAUGUGUCUAUGAUUUGUUUAUGGCAUAAGUGGCUUGUCUUACUUGAAUUUGUUUUCUCCGCAGGAUGACAGAAAACAUGUCAGCUGUGUUGUGUCUCUGUUCCUACUCUCACAGGUGAGUGACCACACUAAGGCAUAGAGACAUGAUUACUUUAUGAAGACCUUUACUUAUUUGUGUAAAAAGUUUUGUCCCUAUAAUUUAUAAUAGGAUGAAGACCUUUACAGAUAUUUGUAAACAUUUUAGUCCCUAUAAUAGGAUUUGUGGGAAAAUGUCAAUGUCUACCACAUGGAAGUGAAUUCAUGUUUAAAUAAUGACUCAAAGAUUUCAUGUUUUAAUAAUGACUCAAUGAAUUCAUGUUUUAAUAAUGACUCAAUGAAUUCAUGUUUUAAUAGACUCAAUGAAUGCAUGUUUUAAUAAUGACUCAAUGAAUUCAUGUUUUAAUAAUGACUCAUUGAAUUUAUGGUUCAAAUGAAAUCUUUGUUUAUUUGUCUGUAAAUGAAACCUGCUGUUAUUUGACUGGUUAAAUUACUCAUGCUUAAUUACCCCAGGUGUUUCUGAUCAUUCAUUAUGGACCCCUCAUGCAGCAGCUAGCAGAAGUGAUUUUCCAAGGGGAUGUGGCUCUGGCUCACCCAGGUGGGCCUGGACAUAGGGAUUCCCCAAAAAUGGUCAGUUGUAUGGUCAGUUGUAAGAUUGUAAGUGCUCAUCACUAAAAUGGCAAGAGAUAACAUAUAAGAUAGAUAUUUCAAUAGGUUGCUUUUCAGUGAAAUGCAACUUUCAGUAAUAAGUAUGGAAACAGUCCUCUGCAAGUCACUGCUCACUGGUGUGUUUCUGAUAAUGAUAUAUCUAACAGAAGAUGCCCUUUUCUCCCCUAUGAUCAUCUGGUAAAGGCCCACUUCUAGCAGGUUGUGCAUUGGGAUAUAAAACACAAAAAUAACACUGCUAUAAAAAAUAAAAGUUUUCCAUGUUUGGUGAAGAUGGGUCCUGUAUUAACUGGGUGACCCAAAUGUGUUUGGUGAAGAUGUGUCCUGUAUUAACUGGAUGACCUAAAUGUGUUUGGUGAAGAUGUGUCCUGUAUUAACUGGAUGACCCAAAUGUGUUUGGUGAAGAUGUGUCCUGUAUUAACUGGAUGACCAAAAUGUGUUUGGUGAAGAUGUGUCCUGUAUUAACUGGAUGACCCAAAUGUGUUUGGUGAAGAUGUGUCCUGUAAUAACUGUGUAACCCAAAUGUCAAACAGAACUGACUUGUCAAAUAAAAACAGUCUCAGGCUGAGGAAAACCAAAAUUGUCUCCUAGAAUUUGAAGGCAAUAGAUUGACAUUGAUUUUAUACGUCCAUAAUAUGUUGAACUUAAAAUGCUUCAUUGGUGUCAACGUCUGCAUGUUGUUAGACAAAAUUAAAAAAAAAUAAUUCCUUUUAAAACUUUUCUAUAAUUUAUGUUCUCAAGAAUGAAUAAAGAAUACAAGGAAGAGAACUUGUCAGUUUCGGUCUCUUAAUUCAAAUUUUUUAUAGGGCAUCAGAGAAUUCAGACCUCCGCGAGAAUCCCUGGAGAAAACUUUAGAAAACACCAGACCCAAACGUAACUACGAUCAUCAGCAGGAAACAUCUAAACUUGUGAAGCCUGGGACUAAGCCCGAGGAGCCUGUUAUGUCAGCCCUAGCAGCUGAGGUGUUGAGCUCUCCAUCUACUGGUGAGUUUAUCCCUUCAGUGGGGGUUUGAGGUGGUUAGUUCAUACCUUUCAGUGGGGGUAUUAAGGUGGUUAGUUCAUACCUUUCAGUGGGGGUAUUAAGGUGGUUAGUUCAUACCUUUCAGUGGGGGUAUUAAGGUGGUUAGUUCAUACCUUUCAGUGGGGGUAUUGAGGUGGUUAGUUCAUCUCUUUCAGUGGGGGUAUUAAGGUGGUUAGUUCAUACCUUUCAGUGGGGGUAUUGAGGUGGCUAGUCAAUUCCUUUCAGUGGGGAUAUUGAGGUGGUUAGUUCAUACCUUUCAGUGGGGGUAUUGAGGGGGUUAGUUCAUACCUUUCAGUGGGGUAUUGAGGUGGUAAGUUCAUCCCUGACAGUGGGGGUAUUGAGGUGGUUAGGUCAUACCUUUCAGUGGUGUAAUGAACAAAUUUUCCAAAAUUAAUCUGUUUCUGAAAAAGUAAUGUUUUUUUGAGGCCUGGAACGAAUCAGUAAUUACAAAUAAGCUUGACAAGACAUUUGUUUGGUAGCUGCCUAAUGUUCACAUGUUACUACAAUCCCGACUGUUUUUGUAUGUGGCAGAGGGGGCUGUCAGUCCAAGCAGUGAAGUAUGCUCAGGUGACACAGAGCUGUCCAGUCCGACCCAGAAUUCCACAGAUGAGGAAAAAUUACUGGGCAGAAGCCACCAAAGGUUGUCCGCCCCUAGACCUCCUCCACCAUCAGAGAAUUUGCAAACCAGUUUUUCUCUGGAAAACAGGUGUGUGAAAUAGGGAUGCGUUAGAUUCUACAAAAAUUUAUUUUAUUGAACAUCAAAUUAUUAUUGACAACUUUAUUUUUAUAGCUGGUCAAAUAAUUAACCACAGGAUUUUAAAUAUGAAAUUUGCAGUAUCAGCUGGCUCAAAUCUGAAUGUCAUUCCACUAACUGUCAUUGAGUGAGUGUGCAUUAACAGUUAUAUAAAUCUUACUAAUGAUCGCACUCAUAAAUAGAGAACCACUGUAUAUACAAUAUUUACAAUAGUAAUAAUACAUUAUAAAACACCAAAAGAACAUAGAUAUAAUGAGACUAUUUACCUGAAUUAUGAAUGUUAUCACUGUUCACUUUUGGUCACUGUUCAUGUGCUGUUAUAAGCAUCCAUAUCUCCAAUAAUUCAAUAAUUAUGAAAUAAUCAUUUGUCUGAAUUUGAUCCAUAAAAUAGCAUUAACCCUUUACAGGGCAGAGGUAUUUGCAUCUUCUGAACGGGCACCACUUUUCUGUUUUUUAGUAAGAUUUAGGGUUACUCUACAAAAAAAAUCAAAUCCAAGGUGGUAGUCAACAAAUUUAUGUAAAAUAAAAAGCAAAAUAAAGGAAAAUGAAUGCAGAUUUAUUAUUGUACUCACAUUGUGCCAUUAAUCCUUAUAUGAACACAAAUAUUUGCAAAAAACAACAUAUUGUUUGUGAUUGUGAGUCAUCUAUUUACUAUUGACAAACACUGCCACAAAAUCAAAGUUUGUAAAAUUCAACACUGCUUACUAUGCAGAUUUCACUAAUAUUAAUAAUAAUAUUAAUAUCUAGUUCCCAUUUACAGUCAAUUCGCGCACUUUAAUGUCACUUAAAUUGAAUCCAGCGAAAUCUCCGCUAUCACUUGAAUAAUCAGCAAAAUCCAUUUCGAAAAUUUUUUUUUGAAACCCUUAAAACUAUAAAAAAAAUCGAUUAAAUACUUUUAACUGGCGCCCACACUAUUCAUCUAUCGGAAAAACCGGAUGUAAACAAUAGAAAGUCUCACAAAGACUCGGAGGUCACGAGUUUAUAACUAAUUUUCGUCACGGACGCUUUGGGACGUUUUGCCGUUCAGUUUUUUCUGGCAUCCGUCCGUCACUAUGUGACGAUGGAGUGGGCUUCGGAGGACGAAAUCCACAUAGCCUGGGAUUAUACUUCAAGGAUUAUAAGCUGGUUCCCAACAGCAAAUCGCCUCUCUCCACGCCUCUGGGUAACCCAAGGGAACAUCAUUUGGAUGAUACAGCUUGGCACCAGUGACGUCGCAGGAGUUGCCGGAAUGUUUCAUUCUAUCAAUGUUAUCCGCCUUUCGGGACUCCAGCUCCGGGUUUGAUUUCAGAGUUUCCUUCUCUUAGAUGAGUUGCCAUCCAAGGUUAACGAGUCUCAUCUACCCGGGGUGCUGGUGGUGUUAUAGUUUGACUGGGCUCUGGCUGGAAUUGAACUCCAGACCACCAACUUGAGAUUUGCUCAGUUUAGACCAUUCGGCCAUCCAGCACCCUAUCUCAGUUCAGUACUAAAGACGUUUUCGGCCGCUCUGCCCCGAAAAGGGUUAAACAAAUAUAGUCUAGAUACUUCAAUAACAAACUUUGGUCUACCCAUCAGCUUCUCUAUUACUUAACAGAACAGAUUUCAUUUAGUUUGACUGUCAUUUCUUCUCUUAAGAUUUGUCGUUUCAUAGACUUAUAUUUCUUAACAUUGUCUAUUGUUUCAAAGGCCGUACCUGGAAGCUGUCUUCAACGCCUUAGAAUGCAGUGAGAAUGAUUACUCUGCUCUGUUUGCACUAUGCCUGUUGUAUGCAAUGGGCAGAAGUGAAGGUGAGUUGGAAUCUCUGGUUAUUUUACAGCAGCACCCGCUGGAGCAAUGCCAGUGGUGGUCUUAUUCAAUAAAGAAAGAAGCCAAUUAGUCAUAAUACAUUUUUGGGAUUGUUCACUCUAACAUGCUGAAGCAAUGCCAGUGGUGGUCUUAUUCAAUAAAGAAAGAAGCCAAUUAGUCAUAAUACAUUUUUGGGAUUGUUCACUCUAACAUGCUGAAGCAAUGCCAGUGGUGGUCUUAUGCAAUAAAGAAAAAGCCAAUUAGUCAUAAUACAUUUUUGGGAUUGUUUAUUUGGCCAGGCAUCUCACAAAACCUCCUGGACAGUGUCCUCAUGCCUACAGAAAGAUCUGAAGUAAGUAACUUAUGUUGAGACUCAACAGUAACACAUGCCGUAGGAACUUAGUAGUUUAGAAUUGUUUUCUAAGUCUGUUUGGAAUUUAUGAAUUGAAUAGUUUAGAAUUGUUUUCUAAGUCUGUUUGGAAUUUAUGAAUUGAAUAGUUUAGAAUUGUUUUCUAAGUCUAAUUUAUUUAGGAUUAUGACGUUCAAGAAUGUUACAACAUGACAAUUUAACGUCUCCAUUUAAUCUAUCAUGUUUUUUAAAAAGUAUUGCAGACCUGUUUACCCUCAAACUCUUAAAAUCAUGCAAUAUCAUCUUAAAAGCGUUCAAUACAUUAUCUUAAUAGUAAAAAAUAAACAUACAGUAUAUUUUUAUACACCUCAAAAUCGUACAUUGUACGCAAAAUCAUAAGUAAACAGGUCUGGUAUUGUUUUGUUUUUUUCUGUUUUUUGUUAUCUACAUAAUUAAAUUUUUAUUUAUUUACAGUGCAAGAAAAACUACAACCUUUUCUUGGUGGAGAGAUUAAUCAGGAUCAUCGAACUGGCCUGCCAGUCAGGUGAGAAACGUAACACUGUUUAGAAGCACUCCUCAGAGAGUAAAACAAUUUUUGUGAAGAAGGCAUUAAGUAAGAGACUGAAAGUUCUUAGUUUAAUUUCAAUGUUAUGUCAUCUUUCACAGUUCAACUUUAUGUCAUCUUUCACAGUUCAACGUUAUGUCCUUUCACACAUUUGGAAAUAUUUUCCUUAUUUGCUCUCUUCUCAAUGAGGGAAAAUAAUAGAUUCAGUGCAAAACUAAAUUUUAAUUCACAUGAGAUUUUUAAAAUAUGUCAGCAAUUUACACUACAGGUGCCCACAAAUUCACAAUGCAGAUGCCCACCAUUCUCAGAAUGAGAAAAUAUUAGAAACAACAAAAAAGCAAAUAAGUUUUGUUUUAGGUAUCUAUCUGUUAACCUCAGUUACCUCAAAUAAGAAAUGUAAUAUUUGUAAGCUAUUGAGCCAAUAAUUGAAUGAUUUGAAGCUCUAGAGGUUUGCAAGGUGUGGCAGAUUCUCAUUGUGUUGGACAGGAAAGGAAGAAUUUAUUCAAGUCUUGAAGUUUGAGUCUCUACCCUUAAAUAUGCCCUUGUUGACUUAACGGAGCCACUUCUUUGCCCUUGUUGACCUGAUGGAGCCACUUGUUGACCUGAUGGAGCCACUUUUUGACCUGAUGGAGCCACUUUUUUGCCCUUGUUGACCUAACAGAGCCACUUCUCUAAAUGGGAUAUCGUGGAGUUUGUUACUGGGGAGACAGGCCCCCUUCUUUUAUAAGUGGCAGUACAUGAUACCCGAUGGUCAACUCCUCUGGCCAGUUUGGUCUGUUUGUUUUUGUUACCUGUUUACUUGAAGGUAUGCCAAGUGUUUACAGGUUGCAACUUUACUAAUGAUCCAGGUAAUAAAGUCCGGCUGGCCACACUUGAGAUUAGCAUCAAGUUACUCAAACAGCUGGUCAACAAUGAGGACAAAUCGUACCUCCAGGACAGACACCUGGCGUGUAUAGAGAAUGCCAGGGAGUGCUGCACACAACAGCUGAGAAAUUUUUAUAAGGUAAAAUCUAAUAGGGAAAAAAAAACAAUAUGGUAUUUUAUAAGCCUGUGUAACGGUGCUGUUACAAUUUAAUCCUAUGUUAUUUUAAGUUUACUUUAAGGAUGAAGAAAGAAAAAAAAACAACAUUUGUAAUAUUUCCCCUGCUCAGAUAUGGAGGAAGAAAAAAAAGGAACAGUUGUAAUAUUUCCCCUGCUCAGAUUUGGAGGGAAGUUGAUUACUAUGUUUAGAGUAGUGAUUCCAAUUGAAACUCCCAUUCAAGUCUUCACUGGUUUUACUGUGGGGUUAGUGGUUGGUUCAGUUGUAAGCACUUGUUUUACUGGGGGUUAGUGGUUGGUUCAGUUGUAAGCACUUGUCUUACUGUGGGGGUUAGUGGUUGGUUCAGUUCAGUUGUAAGCACUGGUCUUACGGUGGGGUUAGUGGUUGGUCCAGUUGUAAGCUCUUGUCGCUGUGUCUGGCUGGGUGCACCACAUCUAUGUUUAUUCUUAUUUUAAUCCGCAGAGUGAGGAAAUCUUCUUGGACAUGUUUGAAGAUGAGUACAGAGAAAUGAUGGUUAGUGAGGCCAGUCCUUUUCAAAAAUUUAAACUCUUAAUCUCAUCUGCUUGUUGGCAGCAGCUUCCGUCAAAGAUGUUUAGUGUUUCCAUGGCAAUGCAAUGUCAAUGAGGUCCUGGACACUUGGCCAGAGAAAUAACCUUUUAUUUCCAGAAGUUUGUUUCAAAGAAAACAUCAGGACGGGAAGAGUAAAAUAGAAAGAGAAAUAUGAAUGUUAAGAAAAUGUUAAUUGCAUAAAAAGUCCAUUAAGAACUUUCUGUCAGAAGUCAUUGUUUUGUUUUUGAUCCUUUGAUAGAAAGAAUUGUUCAGUUUGUCAUUUGGUGAUGGAAAUAUGCUUUUGUUUGGGAUUCAGACUCGCCCCUUAAAUGUUGAAUACCUGAUGCAAGAUGCCUCCAUCCUCCUGCCCCCGACUGGCACCCCUCUCACCGGGAUAGACUUCAACAAACGUUUACCGUGUGGAGAAGUGGAGCGGGCAAGGCGGGUAUGUAGACAUAGUAACGGCUCUUAACUUUAAUGAGAUUUUAUGAACGUUGUCCAUCUAGUAAUGACAUAAUAGAGCCUCGUGUGAGGGGCAUACUUGUAACAGGUUUGCAAACACAUGAGUAAUUAAUCUCUUUAUGUGCAGUCACUCUGUUUAUAUGCAGUCACUAUGUUUAUGCUGUGAUAAACAGAAGAUUAACAGUGCCGGCCAUCCCAGAUAACACAUAUCUCACCCCACAGAAGCCAGGGCACUUAAUCAGAGCCGAACGCUCAAUAAACACUGACUUCAUAUCUGACAACUCCAUGAGCAGUUACAUCCGGAACAAUAGUAAAUGCUUCACUGUGCCUUGAUGUAACACAGUCAAAUAUAAACAAUCAUUCUUCCCACGAACAAUAAUCGCUUGGAACCACCUGGACAAUGCCGCCGUGGACUUGUCAUCAACGGAUAGCUUCAAGGCUGCCCUGGCAUCCGCUAGGAGCCGAUAGGAUAGCCGCAUUUUUUCCCAAACUGUUGCACAUAUGCCAGUACAUGGAUGCAGCAACGUACCCUAUCAGAAUAUAUAAUGAAUGAUGGCUCUUUUACAUUUUUUUAGAAAUAUGAAGGGGAUGAAUAGCACACAAGAGUAUAAUCAUAUUACUUUGUACCAUGUUUAUAUUGUGUUAUUAUAAAAAUUGAGUCCCAGUUUCCUGUCCCUCCAGGCCAUCAGGGUGUUUUUCAUGGUGAGAGAUUUGUCUCUGAGUUUGUUGCAUGAGGCAGAGACACAGCUGCCGCUGACCAAGGAGGAGACUUGUAUCAAAACCGAGGAUGUCCUGGAUUUGAGUGAGUCAACAUCUCAUGUAGGAUAAGUGUACCGAGAACAAUAACUUUUUUUGUUUCCUUUAGUUCAGGGGUGGCCGACCCCAAUGGUUUCACAGGCCACUUUCAUCAUGAAUCAACUCUUCGCGGGCCACAUGUCCUCAAUCCUAAUACAGAAACUAAAUACCAAAUAAAUGAUGCGCACAAUAAAUUAUUUUUCUUAGUGCGCCUACUAAUCAUCAUAUGAUAACACACCAACUGUACCGCCCUCACAUAUGAUAACACACCAACUGUAGUGUUGCACCAUUGGCCAUGUAGUAACCUGAGACCAACAGAAGAACUGCAAGUGGAUAUUUAGAUUUCCUUUGCCAAGCUGUUGUUUUUGUAAAUCCUUUAUUUUUAUUGGUGACUAAAUGGUCAUAUUGGAUGACAAAUAGUCAUUGGAAUCAUUUUUUUUAAUCAGUCCAUUACACAGAAAUGGUGCAUACAGAAAUGCUAUAUAUAUAUUUUAAAUGUGCGUUUAUGCCAUGAAUAAAAAUAACACCUAAUUGAUUGAAGAAAUAAGUUCAUUUGCGAUAAAUCCCGAUGGCCACAAUAUUUAAUGCGGCAGGGAGCGGGUUGGCCACCCCUGCUUUAGUUACUUGCUAGUCCUAACUGUUCAAAUUAGCUCCCUUCACAUAUUGAUCAGUGUUAGCAAAUCAUUGGGUGUUUCUGUUAAGUGUUAAAAUCUUUUAGUUCUUUGCAUCCAUCAUCUGAACUUUGGACUGAAGCUGAACUUCACACUCUGUUUUUUCAGUGCAUCUUUGGAAGCAAUAAUUCUCUGGAGUAAUUGUACAAAAUUUGUUUGGGACACAUUGAUGGGUGGAAUGGGACUUUUUUUCUUUAUUAAACACUGUUACAGACUCUAUCUACAUAUCUCAACAUAAAUAGUUUAAUAAGACACAAACAAAUUGUGUCAAUAUAACAAUAAAAGUUACGCUUUAAUAAUAAUUAUACAAUAUACAAGUAAACGUUUCGGCACAUGCCUUCAUCAGUACAAACAAACAAAACAUAUUUAAGUUAGUAUAAAUUAAUAGGGGUGUGCCGGAUCCGUUUUUUCCAACCGGAUCCGGAUCCGGAUUUUCUUAUGCGAAAUCCGCCGGAUCCGGAUUCCGGUUUCUCCCGGAUUCCGGAUUUCGGUACUAUUGGUAGAUACUUCGGUAAGUCAAGGUGGACUACUACUUUUUGUGUAUGGAAAUUCGCAAUCGGCGCCAAAAAAUCCGAGUUUUUAAUUUUCCGAUGUGUGUGUCUAUUUAUUAUUAAAUUAGUACUUUCAAUAUAUAUUUGAGUUCCGUUCCAUUUGGAUAAGUGUCUUACGAGAGACGCCAUGUUUCUACGCGUUCGCAGCAGGUUAUGCAGCUCGCUCAACCUAAUUUCGCCAUGGGGUUGGCCACGCCCCCCUUUUUAAUGGCGGAAGUUGACGAUACUUAGGAAAUAUUAAUUUAUUAUCACUAUUUACAUCAAAAUAAUUGAUAACUUGUGUUUCAGAAUGCAUUUAAAGACAUUAAAACUGGAAUGUUUUAAUUUGAGCUUUAACAACCCGGUAGAAUCCAUAUUAUAAAUGAUCAGAAUUUACCGUGUGCAACACGUUGUCAUUGGCAACCAUUCACAGCCACUUGCAUAACUGUAACGUAGUACUACCUCAGAGUUUCAUUCAUAAGAGUUUGCCGUGUGCAAAAACUAUUAAACCAUUGGUCAGGGAAAGCUUUAAUUAAUUAUUCAUGUGCCAAAGUUGAAAGUUUAAACUAAGUCUAAACAGUAUUUUAGUGAUAAGGCAGGGAAUGCGUUGCCUUAUAUAAACUAUAUAGUCAUUGCGCAUGACGGGAUUGGUGGAAUGAGAUCACAGAAUGUGGAGAUGCAGUCCAUGUUAAAAAAUGACAAACCAAGUCGUACUUUAAAAAUUCAUAACUUUAAAACUACAACAGCUAAAAAUAUGAUUUUGGUGUUAUAAUUCUUUAAAAAAUUACAUCUUUUCAACUAUGCCAUUGGUUUAUUUUUACAAAAAGUUUAAAUUUUCUUAUCAAAGUCCCUACACUAUUGGCCACUAUUAGCGGUGCUGACUCUAGCCUCUGGUAUGUACGGAAUAUUAAACAUUAAACAAGCUCAACGCUCGAAACAAUCGAUUAAUGUAUCGUGAUCGUGUGGAAUUCGGGAAAGAGAAUUACUUUUAUUUCAGAUUAUGAUCCGGUGAGUCACAAAAUCUGGCAAAUUCCGAAAUCCGGUAUAUUCCGGAUUCCGGAAUCCGGUUGUUCCGGAUACAUGUAAAUCCGGCGGAACCGGAUUUCACCGGAUAGUGCAAAAUCCGGCGGAACCGGAUUCCGGACCGGGGUCCGGCACACCCCUAUAAAUUAAAUUUACAUAAUAUGAAUAUACAUAUCCUACCUAAAACAGAAAGAAAUAGGAGAGGGCGCUAAAACCAGACAAAAACAAAGUAAAGAGGAGUAAAAAGGAAGUGAUUUUAACAUAAUUGUAAAAACCAAACAGGAAAAAGACAUGGCACUUAGGUAAAAUUGUGGAUUUGGUUCAUUCCAUAUGGAGACAACGUACCAAAUCUAGCUAUUAAUUUGUUCUCCAUAUAGACUCUAUCUGUAGUGUUACUAGUAAAGAGUAUACCAGUAACUGCGAUGUCUGAGAUACCAUCAUGGUUAGGGCUAUUGAAAUGUUUGGAGACCGGACAGAGAGCGUGUCGGUCCCCAAGGCGACGACCUGUCUCUCCUAUGUAUAAUUUACCGCACUUUUUGCAAAUGAUGGUGUAAAUCACGUUGCGACUUGUGCAGGUAAAGCCAUCUUUUAUUCUGAAUACUUCUAUAGGGAAAGUGAUCUUAUCGGUUUCAAUCACGUAGGGACAUGAGUUAAAACGGCUACGGUUGCAACUUUUUGUGCCUUUAUGUGCUUUAAUAGCAGGGAGGUGGUUUCUAACUAGCAUGUCCCUAAGGCUCUUGUCUCGCCGGAAAGUGAAAAGAGGAGGUUUUCUGAAAAUCUCAUUUGUGACAGGAUCUGCCAUCAGAAUUGAGUGGUUUUUCAGAACCAGAGAGCGAGCUUUUAGGUUGUGGGGAUGAAAAGUUAAAAUAAAUUUAGACCUAUCGCUAGUGUCAGAAUGAGUAGCUUUAAAAGAAGCCUGUCUAGUCAUACCUUUAACUCGAGUGACAGCUGCUUUUAAAAUUUCUUUGGGGUAUACCCUGCGUCGGAAAAAAUCCAACAUUUCAGCCAUUCUUUCUCCAAAAUCCUCAUCAUUACUACAUAGUCUUCUGAGUCUCAGCAACUGAGAAAAUGGGAUGGAGUUUUUACACCAUUGAGGAUGGGAUGAUGAAUAUAGCAAGAAACUAUGACUGUCUGUUUGUUUAUAAAAAAUGGACGUAGAUAUUUUGUUCUCAUGAAGGUUAAUUUGUAAGUCCAAAAAAUUGACGGUGCUUUUAUGGAUCAUUGAAGUGAAUUUAAUUGUUGGAUGAAAAUCUCCAAUGAAGUAAAUAAAACUUUCUAGUUGUUUUAUGUCCAUAUUAGUAAUCCCUAUACAGUCAUCAAUGUAUCUUCUGUAGUAUUCUGGGAAUUUCUACAUUUAAUUACUACUUAUUUUGUCUGUCAUCAAGUGUAUCCUUGCACAUAUAAUAACUGCUGUUUUCUAUGCCGUCAGAUAACAGCGACCUCAUAGCGUGUACCGUAGUGAACAGGGAAAGGUGAGCUGAUUUCUCAUGCAUUUAUUUGGCAGCUAUGUUACCUGCUUAAUUAUCCCUAGCGUUUGUUGUGGCAUCACCUAGCCAAAAAUCUUAAGAUGUGAAAAUGUUGUUGAGGCUACCGGUACAAAUUAAGAUGUGAAAAUGUUGUUGAGGCUACCGGUACAAGUUAAGAUGUGAAAAUGUUAGUGAGGCUGCUGGUCCAAGUUAAGAUGUGAAAAUGUUGUUGAGGCUACCCAUACAAGUUAAAAUGUUGUUGAGGCUACCGGUACAAGUUAAGAUGUGAAAAUGUUGUUGAGGCUACCCGUACAAGUUAAGAUGUGAAAAUGUUGUUAAGGCUACCAGUACAAGUUAAGAUGUCCCUACCGGUACAAGUUAAGAUUUUAAAUUGUCCAUGAUUGAAAUCUGAGCUCAAAAUUGUUUCUGUUCUGUUCUAGUCGAAGACCAGAGCGCAGGUUCCUUGUGAUUGACCCCGCCCAGCUGAUCCUUGUCGAGCCGGACUCCAAGCGUUUGGGGUGGGGAGUGGUCAAAUUUGUGGGUUAUUUACAGGUAAUAGUUGGUGACAUGGACUGCUUAAAAUUUAAUUUUAUCAUUGUCAUCAUUAAAGCUCUAGCCAUGUUAUAACCAUAUCAUAUUAUCAGUCUACCAUAUUAUAUUUAUACCAUAUUAUAACUAUGCCAUAUCAUAACUAUGCCAUAUCAUAACUAUGCCAUGUCAUAACUAUACCAUAUUAUAACUAUGCAUAUUGUAAUGAAAACUAUUGAAUAAAGGCCUGUACUUAAUAAUGAUGUGGACCCUACUAGUGGAAGUGUUAAUAUUAUUUUUGAAAUAGGGAAAAUUGUUAUUCAUUGUAAACCAUUGAGAAAGGAGAUGGGAUCUGUUUUAACAAAUGUCCCAUUACUUUUAAUGUUGAAAAGAAAUCUCUCUAAGUGAAAGGAUCUCAAAGCUACUUUUCUGGUGGUAUCGGUCAAAUACCUGAUCCGAGGUUUGUUAACGUUAUGAUUUCAAUAACGUUGACCUUUCUUGAACAGGAUGUCGAGGUUUCAGGAGAUAAGGAUGACAGCCGUCUACUUCAUGUUGUCGUCCACAAGCCCCAGUCAUCCGUCCACGCCAAGCCGAUUCCAAUCUUAUCCGCUAAGUUUGUGUUUGACGACCACAUUCGUUGUAUGGCAGCCAAACAGAGGCUCAUCAAAGGCAGACAGAGGGCCAGGCAACAAAAGAUGACCACUAUAGAACGUUUGUUGGACAUUUCCCUCAGUGAAGAAAGGGGACAUUUUAACAGGACUGGACCUAUUCCUGGUAAGAACGCUUUGAGGGAAAAAACUAAAAUUUCAUUGUCUUGCCAGAAUGGACAAUUGCAAAAAUGCAUUUGUUUAUUUGAUCUGCUGGAAUGUGCUUUGUCCUAGGUCAAAGUAUAAAUACUCAUUUACAGCAAUAGGGUUUCCCACCAUUUUUCAUAUCUUGCAUCCCCUACAAAUUAUUUGACUUAAACGCCAAUGGCUCCUUUGUACUUACAAUCACUUUUACACACAUCUCAUGAAAUGCAAAUCCUGUGGAACCCCGCUUUAACCUAUUGAAAUACACCAUAAAAAUAAUUUUUAAAAAUGGGUGAGCUACUUGGUCCAUCUAUUGGUGUCAUAUUCUAACCUAUUUCUGAACCAUAUUCUAACCUAUUUCUGAACCAUAUUCUAACCUAUUUCUGAACCAUAUUCUCACCUAUUUCUGAACCAGAGAGGACUUCCUAAUGGAGGAAGUAGAUACUUUGAUGGGCAACUUUGAAUGUCAUUUAAACAUAGAACAUCAAGUACUCUUACAAUAUGAACAUUGCAAAUCGGAGUGUUUAAUGUGCUCAGAAUGGAUCUGUUUCAUGUGCUCAGAGUGGAUCUGUUUAAUGUGCUCAGAAUGGAUCUGUUAAAUGUACUCGGAAUGGAUCUCUUUUAUGUGCUUAUAAUGGAUCUGUUUAAUGUGCACUGAAUGGAUUUGUUUCAUGUGCUCAGAAUGGAUUUGUUUUAUGUGCUCAGAAUGGAUCUGUUUCAUGUGCUCAGAAUGGAUCUGCUUCUUCAUAUCUUGGGCAAAAACUACAUAUCUAGUCUGAGGUUGGUCAUUUGGUCACUCCUUUACUUAUUUUGUUUUAGGUCGCAGUCAUCCUGUCAGGAUUGAUGCCAAGAAGUCCAGCAACUUGUCGGUUCUCACCUCAUCUGGCUCUCAGUCCUCCACCACCUCAGCCUCCAGCACAUCAACAGUCAUCAACAACUCCAAGGCCAACAGAAGGGUCACACCAGAGCAGCGACGCCUGCUGCAGGCGAAAGCCGCUCAGCGAAGCAGGAGUCGCCAAGAACAGCAGCCCUUAAUGGGUGCCAUGAAACCAGGCAUGAUCCUGACCUCGGGUUUAGCCAGGGAAGAACUGGGUGUUGAAACUACGGACACAACGGCUGUAGAAAUGGGCGAGGACGCAACUUCCGCCAUGGCUUUCCAGUCACUGAAUCAUAGUUCAGCAUCCGACCCUGCUUUUUAUUCCUUGUCAUCUUUGUCGAGAUCCCAAGCCAGGGGGAGCUUAAACUGGUCAGGGGAGUCUGGAAACGGCUGUCUGGAGAUCCCCAUGGAGGACCUGUCGCUCAAAGGUCGUCUGAGACAUAGCUCAAGUGAGCGGACCAAACCGGGUGGCAUGAAUGCCCGAGAUCUCUUCCGUUUCCAACGAAGUCUCUCUCUCAGCCCCAGCAGACAAAAACAGCAGCAGGAAACUUACUUCUUUCCCGAGAGCAGAACAGAGGCGGCCCGCAGGCUCUCUGUGCCGGUUACCCUAGAUUCGUCAAAAAAGAAUCCUAUUACUAAAGUAUGCACAGCCACACAGGUUGGAAGGCCACACAGCCAGAGCAACCCCGCGGAUCCCCAGUACGUGAUCAAGCCAGUUCAAGUGAGCAGCCUGCCCAUGCGCAGACGUUGUUUAUCAGGCCCUUCACCGGCAACUCUGAGGGCAGCAGAUGCUCCUGUUUUAUCAUUAGUCUCCCAACAGGUGGACGCCUCAGAUCCCAACUCAUUUAUUCCCAUUCCACAACUGCUGCCUCCUGCAGAUCCAGUAACAGGAAGCCACAAGCCUGUAGUUAUGCCUCAGACAAAAGAUCACUCUUCUUCUACCAGUAGCUCUGGAGCUAGACCCAAACAGUACGCAAUAGCUCGGGCAGAACUCAGGCCUGAAUUAAAAUCUGCAGCCAGCAGCAGUGAAGGUCUGACUGCUCACAAGUUGAGUCUGCAUGGGCUCCAGCAGGAGGCAGAGGAUAAAAGACUGGCCAGUGGCAGGGAUGAUGGGAAGAUUGCCCCAAACAAUGCCGUAAGUCCAGAGACCCCAUCCAGUGACUCGGCCAUGUCCAGCGAUGCCAGCAUGAUUAGCGUGAGCAGCAUGGCUAGUGAGAGCAGCAUGGAUGUUGACUCUGACAAUGCCAGCGGCGGUUUACCAUUAGCUGGGCGUCGUGUCAUCGUUGAUGCUGCUGGGGGCGGUGGGGGUAAACCAGCAUCAGCGUCACAGCAACUAACCCAGCUUGCUCAGAUGGUACAGGAGCAUUAUCCAUACAAGAGCUCAGAUUCAAAACACCAUACUGGCUAGGGGCAUAAUGCUAGCCACAAGGAUUGCGAAGAAAGACCUGUGGACUCCUGAGGUUCAAACAGCUAUGGACUCCCGAGGCAUAAGAAAUGAUGCUGCUGUGGCAGUACAUUUUAGUUUUGUUGUUUCUUUUAAAUUAUUUCAUAAUAACUUCUUUGUCUACUCAUGUUUAUCAGAAGUAUCAUUCCCCAGCAACUAAUGGUACAUAGCACUAUCCAGGUGAAGCUCAAGUAUCAUUCCCCAGCAACAAAUGGUCCAUAGUACGAUCCAGGUGACACGAAAGUGUAGGUUUCAUGCUCUAGAAUGCACAUUUUGUUGGAUCAAUAAGCCAACAACUACAAACCCUUUCAGUUGAAAUAUUGCAUUGCCAUAGCCUGAAAAAAAUAACUUUAAACCCAGAAUUCCUUUUGAAAAAGUCAGAUGCACACAUUUAAGUGUACAAGAGAAUUCACUAACAGCAGGAGUGACCUAGUCAAGAUUUAAGAGCUGCAAGUAUAACAAAUCUGGAAAGUCUCAUUAAAUAGUGAAUAUUUUGCCUACGACAUAUUUUUUUUACACAUAAAUCAUAUUUAUCAUACAUUUAGAGAAGGAAAAUGCGUCUAAAAUGAUUUUAUUGGAAACUAAGAGAAAACCAGGUGUGCUCAGUAUGUGUUAUUUGAAGGCAUCAUAUUCAAACUUGCUGGUGGCCAUUUUCAGAUGGGUGAUUGACCAGAGAACUGGAGACAUUUUUAACUCAACCUUAACAAAUCCGGUCAAAUUUAUCCCCCCAAAAACUAACUAUUAAUUUUCUGAACAAAGUUGGUACACGCAUUGUCUGUGAAUUUAUGGUGAAUCGGAGGAAGCGCAAAUGAUUAUUUUGAAGUUAAAUCCUCAAGCAAAACUUAUUUUCAAGGGCCGACAGAAUUGCUGUUUACUGUAAAUGGUUCUAAGUGGCACCAAAUAUCUUUUAAUGUUUGUCAGCCUAAAAUUAUCCCCUCCAACAAUUUAAAGCCUAGCGGAACUGAGUUUUUUUUUUCUUCUUUUCUAUGAAUUAAAACAAACAAGUUCAUUUUUAAAAUGAACCCACAGCACCAAUACACGAGGCACACACAAAUAGACUUAGUGACUUAGUACAAAAGACAUGAGUGUCAAAUAACUUAUUAUUAUAAAUAAUAAGAAUGAAGAAGAGUCCACUGAUUUGAAAAAUAUUAAACAGCAUCUUAAACUUUUAUUCUUGAUCUGGCAAGUUGAAUACUUUUCAAAACCAGCAAAAGCC